CCGGGCAUGUCUCGAGGGCCCCGGGAGGGACGGGGCUGGGAGGCGGCUCGGCCGACGCCGGGGUCGGGGAGGCGCAGGUGUCUGUCCCUGGGGUCUCCCACCCCGAGCGGUCUGGUCUGGAUUGUGGGGUUCACUGUCUGGGAAGGGGGCGGCGUUGACAGGAGCUUCUUCUGUCUGGGAGGCUGCGUCGGGGGGUAGUUUCUGUACCUGUUCUCGGAGAGGGGGUGCAUCUGGAGCGGCUGUCACGGUUGGUUUUCGGGAAGAUGUGCGUCUGGGGACUCUCAGAAGGGGUUCCUGGAUCGGUUGGUCUGAAGCCCUUGCCCCUGGAAGCCCAUCCCGCUUGUUUAUGGCUUAUGAGACAAACAGAGACUCAGAGACCAGAACUCCAUCCAGGUCUCCCCUGAAGGUGGCAGGGACACAAGUAUUUAAGCCGUCACCUGCUGUCCCCAUCAUGUGCAUUAGCAGGAAGGGGACAUUCAAGACUGUAACCUGGCACUCCACUGUGAGAGGCAGGCAUCCCAAGUGACAGGGUUUUAAAAAUGUAGUUACUAAAAGAUUCAUUUAUCUGAAAGGAGAGUUACCGAGAGAGAGAGAGAGAGAGAGAGACCCAUCCAGUAGUUUAUCCCUCAAAUGGCUGCAGUGGCCUGAGCCAGGGACCUGACAUUCCUCCAUGCCCCCGUGUGGGUGGCAGGGACUUAUGUACUCGGGCCGUCUUGUGCUGCUUUCCCACACACAUCUGCAGGGAGCUCGAUUGCCAGGCAGCUGGGAUUCGAACCACUGGUGUUGCAGGCAAAAGCAUAAUCCGUUCAACAGCUGUGGCUGCCCCUCAGCUUUCUGCCACUUUGUUAGUUAUCACUCAUCUUAGCUCUGAGCUUCCCUAGGGACUAGAGGGAAGGGAAUGCUGUCCGCAUGAGUCACACAAGAAGGCAAAUUAGCAUCCGGCUUUGCUCCCUGUCCCCCAAAGGAGCAGGUGGCUUUAGGCAGCUGCACUCUGAAUGCUUUGUCUGCUGGUUUCCUUAUGGGGUCCCUGUCAGUGAGGCAGCUGCCCUGAGCUGCCACAUGGUGUACACAGAGGCCAGGUGCAUGCGUGCCCCAAGCCAGUGGCUUUCCUGUCCCCCUGUGGGGAGCUAGCAGCUCAGCGUCCGGGAGUGGGCAUGGCGCUGUACCCGGACUGUAGGCAGGGUGAGGGUAGGGUGAUGCGAUGGGGAAGAGGGGUGGUACUGCGUCGCUGAGGAAGCAUUUCAGCUCACCUUGGCACUCUCCGGCCUGGGAAAUCAUCCCUGGGUGUUGACCAUGCCUUCCCUCCCCUCACCCAGUGCUCCCCCAUCCCUCAGGAUUGCAGGCUGAGCCAUGGGAAAGAGCUGCAAGGUGGUGGUGUGCGGCCAGGCGUCUGUGGGCAAGACCUCCAUCCUGGAGCAGCUUCUGUAUGGGAACCACGUGGUGGGCUCUGAGAUGAUCGAGACGCAGGAGGACAUCUACGUGGGCUCCAUCGAGACAGACCGAGGGGUGCGGGAGCAAGUGCGUUUCUACGAUACACGGGGGCUCCGGGACGGGGCCGAGCUGCCCCGCCACUGCUUCUCCUGCACGGAUGGCUACGUCCUGGUCUACAGCACUGACAGCCGGGAGUCCUUCCAGCGUGUGGAGCUGCUCAAGAAGGAGAUUGACAAGUCCAAGGACAAGAAGGAGGUCACCAUCGUGGUCCUCGGCAACAAGUGCGACCUGCAGGAGCAGCGGCGUGUGGACCCGGACGUGGCGCAGCACUGGGCCAGGUCGGAGAAGGUGAAGCUGUGGGAGGUGUCAGUGGCCGACCGCCGCUCCCUCCUUGAGCCCUUCAUCUACCUGGCCAGCAAGAUGACCCAGCCCCAGAGCAAGUCCGCCUUCCCGCUCAGCCGCAAGAACAAGGGCAGUGGCUCCUUGGAUGGCUGAAGAGCCCAGUCCUCACCCUCUUCACCAUCCCAGGCAUGUUGGCGGCUGGGGAGGACACGGGCAGGCAAGCUGUGCUCCUGCCCGUCAGCAGAGGGCGCUCUCUCCUGGGCCAGGCAGCCCCGGCCAGCCCUGGCCACUAGGACUCUCUCCCUCUUAGUUCCAGGAAACGCCCCUGCCCCUCUGCUCCCAGCUGACCACUUCCCCUCCCAGCUGUUACCCGUGUGAGCAAUUGUGGGGUUAUGUCCCUCCCAUCUGUUUACUCUGGGCAGGAAGCAAAGCUGCCUCGAAGAGGGGCCCGGUUGAGGGUCUGGUCCCUGUUACAGGGGUCCAGCUCCUGGGCUACCUGCCUGUAAUAUACACUCGGGGCGUGCCAGUGUGUGCCCCAAAGGAUGGCCUGUCUGGGUAUUGUGAGUCUAGCUGUGCAUGUGUGUGCUUGUAUGUGCAUGUUGGACUUAGAGGUGCCUCCACACACUUGGCCCUGGCCCUUCUUGGGCUGGAAGAAGCUGAGAGCAUCUUCCUGCCUGGACUUUACUCCCACUUGCCCCAGCAGUUCACUUCCUCUUCCUGCUUGGUUGGGGUGGAGUGGAACGAGCACAGGGCAGAGACCCAGCCAGGCCCUCCCCAUCUCCGGGCUUCCAUUGCUUCGAUAUUUAAGGUGACAGGAGUAGCUCUCAGUCUCCUAAACCCUUUCCUGCUCGGAUUUUCUUAAUACCAUGGCCUGCGGCCUCCUGGGCCUGCUCCCCUUGCUGCUUCCUCUCAAGGUGCUACGCCCAGGAGUCCUGGAGGCUGGGACUCAGCCCUGGCACUGACCACCGGGGGCGGGGGCAGGAGAGUGCUCUCUGCUGCCACAGUGACGCCCCAAGCCCGUCCACCCUCCGGGGUGGCUCUGUAUCAGCAACCUGUAUUGAUAUGCCUGCUGCUGUGCUGAAGGCUGGAUAAGGCGCUCCUCCAGCCCACCUUACCUCACAUGCCUGAACAGAAUAGGGUGAACCAGUGACUCUGGGAAGGUGUCACAGCGUGUCCUCUCUCCCCAGCUGCCAUGCCUGCCCCAUGCUUCUAAGUGCACACCUGCUGAAAGUGAGACACUGCAACCCUGUCCACCCCCAGGAUGCACCCCUUCCCAGGGCAGGGCAGGGCAGGGCGAGGAGAGGAGAGGUAGGACAUCCUCAUGCUGGGCUUCUGGUUCAUUUAUUGAUGCAUUGGACACAAUAAAACCACAACUGCUGAUAUCAAAA